AUGUCUCAGCGCCUACACUACAGUGCAUGGCAGGAUGAGCGCGACUAUUUUGUAUCCACCUUAAGCAUCCAAAUGGAUAUUCUCAAGCACUCUCCGAUGCGUCGUGACGAAGUCAUCAAGACAUUGGAUCAAUUGCUCCUCCGCACCCCUCGAUUUAGACUAGCUGGUCAGGCAGUUUGUGACCGGGACCGUAGCCUCUCCAAUUACCUCUGGACAAAGCGGUGCAAUGAGCUUUUCGACAAUGUGGCUGCACUGAGACAAACCCUGCUCAGGGCUGUUGAUUGCGCAACUCUGGCAGAUUCGACGGAGAUGCUGGCCCUGUUGCAGUUGUGUACUUUUGAUCACCCGCAGACCCCCGAGACAAACAGUCCACGGCGUCGCCAGAAUGGCCCCAAACCAAGGAAAGGAGGAUCGAGUAGCUGGUUUGCCAACAAUGGGCUCCUUAUUUGCCGCCCACUAGGAGUGGCGGGAUUUGUAUAG